AUGGCAAUUGACGAAAUGGAAAUCGACAAUCUGCCGCUGCGCACAGCGGACGCAGAGCGCAAGCGCAAAUCCAAAAAGGAAGCAUCAUCGGCAUCACCAUCUAAAAAGCGAAAGCAAACCUCAAAAGCCACUCCACACCAAGACGUCAAUUCCGAGUCCCCCUUCACCCUCACAACAGCAACUCUCUACCUGCCCCUGUCGCCUAUCUCUAUCUCACCGACGCACGCGCUGGCCUCGCUGCUGGCUGAGCAUCUCUCGCCACUGCUCUUGACUUACUUCCCCCCGCUAAAGGGCGUGAUCCUGGCUUACUCGAAUGCCUCGAUUUCCAGCAAGCCCCCGACAAACCUACGCACCUCUUCGGACUUGAAUCCGCAGCCGCUCACCCUCGCCAAAACAGCGGAUGAGUACGGUGUCUUGUACGUCUACCUGACCGCCACGUUCCUGGUGUUCCGGCCAAAGCGCGGACAGACCCUCGAGGGAUGGGUGAACGUGCAGUCUGAGGGAUUCCUGGGUGCUGUCGUGUUCAAUCUGUUCUCUGUCGGUAUUGAGCGCAAGCGUCUGCCCUCGAACUGGAAGUGGGUGCCGCCUGGCGAGGAUGCUGAGACGCCGGCUUUGACCGAUGACGACUCGGGCUCCGAUAAGGAUAUGGCCGAUUUCGACACCGAGAAAGAAUGCUUCAAGCCCACUACUCUUUCUGAGGGUGAGAUUGCGAUUGACGAGGAGGAGGAGGAGUCCUCUCACACCGGUUAUUUCCAGUCUGUCUCUGGACACCGCGUGCAUGGCUCUGUUCGCUUCCGUGUUGUCGAUGUGGAUGUCAUUCCUGGUUCUGAGCGUGAUCGUGGUUUCCUCAGUAUUGAGGGAACUAUGCUUUCUGUUGAGGAGGAAGAGAGACUUGUUGAGGCUGAGCGCCAGGGUCAGUCUUUGCCCCCGUCGUUCUUCUCAUCGCCCAAGAAACUCUCUGCGACUAUCCCCGUGAUGGACGUCCCGGCGGCGUCGGCGGUGCAGGAGCUCUCGACUGUGGAUGUGCAUCUUGAGCCUAGCCCCAAGAAGGAGAAGGCGAAGAAGGAGAAGAAAGAGAAGAAGGAAAAGAGCGAAAAGAAAGAAAAGAAGUCCAAGUCUUCCAAGUCGAAGAGCAAAGACGAAUAA